AUGGUGAGUGACUUUGUGCAUCAGUACGAGAAAGCCUUAGAUGCACGUUAUUUUAAGGAAAAAGAUAAGGAUGUGAGAACAAAGUCGAGUAGGCCGGUUUUGAAAGCAUGUUGGGAAAUUGAAGAAGAGGUAGCCAAAGUGUAUACAAGGAAGUUCUUCAAUAUCUUUCAAGACGAGCUAUUCAAUUGCCAACGAUACAAAGCAACAAAGGUUCAGCAAGAGGGUGAGAGUAAAAUGUAUGAGGUGGCACCUAAGGGCAAGGACAAACGUAUCUAUUAUGUGACUUUCAACUGUAAAGAAGCAAAGGCAAUAUGUAUAUGUCAUAUGUUUGAGUUUGUGGGUAUUCUCUGUAGGCAUAUUCUAUGUGUAUUCAUGAAGAAAUCAAAUUUAGAUACUUUGUCACAUCAAUAUGUUCUAGAUCGAUGGACCAUCAAUGCUAAGAGUCGAGCUAUCCGUGAAAUACCAAAUCCCAAGGGGCAUGUUUCAACACAAGAAGAUCCGAUAAUGCGAAAAAGUCAUUUGAUGAUGAAGUUUUACGAUAUUGCUGAACUUGGGUCACAAUCAAGAGAUGUUGGAAAUGUAAAUGACAACAUGUCACAAAGGGUGGAUCUUGAUGAAGAAGAAAUGGAUGGUUCCGAUAAAUGCAUUGUUUCCAUGGGCUAA